AUGAACGAUUCCGAGUUCUUCCACCAUCCCUCGUGGCACGAACCCUGGAAUCACCCCGAUUUCACUAUUCCUCAUGAUGAACGCCUAGCGCGUUGGAAAUCACAGGGCUGGUUCAAAGACCGUCGGCGCGCCUCUGUGGAAUUCAUGGGAAGACUUAAAUGGCCGUGGGGGUUCAUAAUAUAUCGCACUGUUUAUACACCGGAGUCCGAUCGAUUAUGGUCAGCUUGUCUCGAUAAGAUUGAGGGAUCUGUGCGCCGCGACAUCGACGAAUCUGGGGAGAAAUACGCGGAUCAGUACCCCGAAAGAAUCCUCAAAGAGACGUUCAAAAAUGUGAUUCUCGAAGACCGGGAGUGUUGGGACUUCGCUUCGGUGGAACAGAUUCGAGCGGACUUUAUCGCGUAUUUACAAUCAAUGGGUUCAUCCAUCGGAGAUGACGUACCUCGAUCUACUGUAUGUCUCGUCAUCAACGAUGCAUGCUUGCAAUCCAUCAGAAACACCUUUGACGAACCUGAGAACAAUCGAGGCAGUUGGGCUCCAACUGGGUUUGUCGGGGCGAUUGAUCCAGAUUACACCGAGGGCCAGAGCUAUGAUAAUAUGGAGUAUCGAGGAUUCAUGAGAGUCCAGAUCACCUCUCUCUAUGAGCUAGUGGCUGGCCAGUUGGGUUACUUCUCUAUGCAUGAGGUCUGUCCUAUUAUGUAUCAUGACAUGUAUCCGAGGGUGGUCGAUCCCAGAAAGGUUCCACUCUACAAAGGCCUUUGA